AUGGCUACGCGAUCUCUAGUUGUUGGAGGAACCGGCGGUAUUGGCUACGCCAUAGCCUGCCGCCUCGCCGCAGCCUCGGCCUCAUCACAAGUGACCAUCAGCGGCCGCACCGAGCCCAAAGACCUCCCCCAUCCCAACAUCAAAUUCCGCCCCUUGGACGCCUCGUCCAUGCGCUCCAUCAAGCGAUACACGGACGACAUCAAAUCACUACAAGACCAGCAGCUCGACCUCCUCGUCCUCACGCAGGGCAGUCUCACCAUGGCAGGCCGGAACGAGACGUCUGAAGGCAUCGACCGCAAGAUGGCCCUGCACUACUACGGCAGGCAGCUGCUCAUCCGCGAGCUGAGCCCCAUCUUGAAGGACGACGCCAAAGUUCUCAUCGUCCUAGACAGCACCCGUGGGAGCCCGACGAAGCUCAUCUGGGACGAUUUGGACCUGAAGAAGAACUUUAGCCUGCAAAACGCGGCAAACCAUUGCCUGUCCAUGACGGAUGCUGUGAUCCAGGCGUAUGCGAAUGAGAACAAGGGCAAGAAGCAGCACUUCAUCCAUGCAUACCCGGGCCUCGUGCAGACCAACAUCUUCCACACAAUGCCGUGGUAUCUUCGGGCUCCGACACGGAUCCUGACGAGUGUUGCAGGUGUGCCGGCGGAUACUUGCGCGGAAAAACUCCUAAAGGGAGUGAACGAAGCAUCGGAGAAGGAUGGCAAGUUUUGGAGCUGUAUCGAUCAGAAUGGUAAGGUGGUUGAUAAUAAGGCUAUCUGGACUGAGGAGGAUCUUCAAAAGGUCACAGAUCAUACCUGGAAGACAAUUGACGAAGCUCUUGCAGUACCCAGCGAGUAG